AUGGGAAGACGACAAGGACCCAAUGCCCCCGGAGUGGCAUUCGUCACCGGAGCUGCCCGAGGCCUAGGCAAUGCUGUAGCAGUAUCCUUUGCUAAAGAAGGUGCUCGUGCAGUAGUGAUUGUUGAUAUCAAUGAUGAGGCGACGAUGAACGAGGGAAAAGCCAAGGUGGAAGCACACGGAGCGGAGUGUCUCGCAAUCAGAGCAGACGUGACCAAUGAAGCCGAUGUCAAGCAGGCAGUUCAGAAAGCAGUCGAGAAGUUUGGGAGAAUCGACUACGCGGCCAACUUUGCAGGGAUCGUUGGACCACCAGACUCCAUCAUCAAUCUAGACGUCGACAAGUGGCGGAAGACAUUGGAAGUCAAUUCGACGGGUGUCAUGCUUUGCACGAAACAUGAACUUAUUCAGAUGAUGAAGCAGGAUUCUUUGGAAGUAGAGACAGGUCGACCACCACAGCGUGGCGCCAUCGUCAAUUGCGCGUCCGUCAAUUCUCUACAGAGCAUGCCGGGUACGGGGCCUUACACGGCUUCAAAACAUGCGUGUUAUGGAAUUACCAAGACGGCGGCAUUGGAAGCCAGAAGUCAUGGCAUUCGAGUCAACGCUGUAUCUCCCGGGUUUCUCGUGACCAAGAUGGUGGAAGAAUCUGUGCUGGAAGGAGAUGUGGCCGACGUACGUGGCAUGGCUAUGUGGAAGACCUUCGAGGCAAGGCAAGGACGUUCUGCUGUUCAUGAAGAAAUUGGAGAUGUCGUUGUUCUUAUGUGCUCGCCUCGUAUGAGUCUCGUGGUGGGACAGAAUCUGUUUAUUGAUGGGGGUUUUACCAUCAAUGAAGGCGAUUCGUAG